GCUUAUCAGUCGACCUCAGCGGCAAUGCUGUCGCUUGUGACAGUUUUCAUUUUGUUUCUAACAAAUGCAUUUGUCAGUACUCAUGCACUACAUGUCAAUAUAGACGUUCAUUUGACGUCUAAAGAUGAUGCCGUUCUUGAUGCAAUUCAACGAGUAGCAUCUGCCAUCAAUGCUGACAAUCGUUUCAUCAGUGCAGAUUUGGUCCAACAUGAUUGUUCGCAGGAUUUGGAAGAAUGUGGCGAACUCACUGAUGAUAGCGUUUUUGUUGCUAUAAGCAGUCCGGAUUAUAUCAACACAAAAGUGGAUGGCGUGGUCAAAAGGGGCUCAGUUCAAAAGGAAACGCAAAGGUUAUUUAUUCAAUUUGCUAGCAAAAUCUAUCUUCAUCGUUCCGAAGAACGCGACAGUGUGCAGUGGUGGAAAUAUCAGCUAACGGCACCAGCAGCAAAAGAUGGUGAGCAAGUAGACAAACUAAUACGAAGAAGCAAUAACCAGAUAACUUUCGUGCUCUAUUACGAACCAGGAUUCGACGAGGCAAGGUCUUUGGUGAUCAUGUUCUUUGCGUCUACACGUAAAUCGGAUGUGUACAAAAAUUUCAAACAGUUUGCUCGAGAACACCAUGGAGAUUAUCACAUGACUGAGCUUAUCGACCCUGCAAUAGAAAAAUGGUAUGGUGUAGAUUUGCGUGAUUAA